CUGAAACACACAGAUUCCAUGGUUGGUUUUUUUUUGUUACCGUCUGUCAAUAAUAUACCAGACCAGCAAGCCACUACUUUGGACCACUGACAGACUGUUUUAUCCCAGCUUGUGUCUGCUCACUAUGAUGUCCCGUGCAGCAGAACAUUUCCUUUACGAAAUGUGACAGGAUGCUGAACCAUCAAUGCAUAAGGAACCCGGAGCUGCAUGAGGAGCUGCAGAUCCAGGCUGCGGUGGCGGCUGGGGAUGUGUGCACUGUCCGCAGAAUGCUGGAGCAAGGCUACUCCCCCAAAGUACGGGACGCCAACGGCUGGACGCUGCUCCAUUUCUCUGCCGCCAAGGGCAAGGAGAGAUGUGUACGGGUCUUCCUGGAGCACGGAGCGGACCCCACGGUGAAGGACUUCAUCGGCGGCUUCACGGCGCUCCACUACGCCGCCAUGCACGGACGCGCCCGCAUCGCCCGCCUCAUGCUGGAGUCGGAGUUCCGCGGCGACAUCAUCAACGCCAAGAGCAACGACGGCUGGACGCCGCUGCACGUGGCGGCGCACUACGGCCGCGACUCGUUCGUGCGCCUCCUGCUGGAGUUCCGGGCGGCGGUGGACCCGCUGAGUGACAAGGGCACCACGCCGCUGCAGCUCGCCAUCAUCCGGGAGCGCUCGAGCUGCGUGCGCAUCCUGCUGGACCACGGCGCCAACAUCGACAUUCAGAACGGCUUCCUGCUGCGCUACGCCGUCAUCAAGGGCAACCACGCGUACUGCCGCAUGUUCCUGCAGCGCGGCGCCGACACCAACCUGGGCCGGCUGGAGGACGGGCAGACGCCGCUGCACCUGUCGGCGCUGCGGGACGACGCGCAGUGUGCGCAGAUGCUGCACGCGUACGGCGCCGACACGAACACGCGCAACUACGAGGGGCAGACGCCGGUGGCGGUGGCGGUCAGCAUGUCGGGGGUCAGCCGGCCGUGUCUGGACUUCUUACAGGAGGUCACAAGACAACCUCGGACUUUGCAAGAUUUGUGUCGUGUAAAAAUACGUCAUUGUAUCGGGCUUCAGAGCCUGAAGUUCCUGGACGAGCUACCCAUCGCCAAGGUCAUGAAAGACUACCUGAAACACAAGUUUGACAAUGUGUGACCGCAGCCACCACAGCCAAGGGGAGUCCGCCUGUGGACUCUCUCUGUUCUCAUCAAGACUAUGCAAUCAAGGCGUGGGGGCGCACUGUACAUCCCUCAACAUUUAUAUUGCCCUCGUACCACGGAGAGUGUACAUUCGGUCCUUUGGUUCUCUGCAGUGACUUUUUUUAUUUAUAUGAAUUUAUUUUGAGGAGGUGCCGAAACAGCAGAGAUCCGGCUUAUCUCGGUACCUGGGUUAUUUCAGCUGAUGGAUGAAAUAACACAGCAGUUUAUUAAACACUCAAAUUCCCUAAUAAUGAUGCAGAUGAUUGUUGCCUCUCGAUGUUUUUGCUAAUUGGACCGAUUGCCAUGUGCAUAUAUGCCAGUACGAUUUAAUUUGAUUGGUGAUUGUUAAAUAGGAUUGCUCACCAAUAUGUUUGCUACGGGGAUCGAAAAGUGAGUGAAAGGUUAUUCUACUAAAUAUGGGUUGAUUUUCUUUGGACCGCAUAAAGCAUUAAUAGGUAAUGGUUUUGAGUAGACAAGUUACAGGACUUGUUGCUUGGACUGGCUUUACAUCUAGCACGCAAAAGCAGGAUUGGUCAUGCCAGAGCAUCAGGCGAAAAUUUUCUUGGCGUGCAAGAGAUUGGUGUGCAAUUGCCUUCAAAUACUGCCAUUUGAACAACUGUUGCAUCAGAGUGUGAUGAGUUAUUUCAUCCUGUUUCAUCUUAAGUUAUUUGGUUACAAAUGUAUUCACUGUGCUUUAGUUUUUUUCUGGAAAAAAUGUAUUAAUGUUUACACAAUCACCAGAAGCGAAAUGUAAAUAUGUAACAAUGUACAGCAGAUAUUUUUGUAGAUUUAUUUAAGCAAAAAUCUUCUGUACGUAUUCCUGUGUCUUUUGAAUAUGUUGGAAAGUAUUGUACUAUGUUUGGUGUGAUUCAUAUAAAUAUUUUGUUAUGUUCAAGUCGAAUAAUUUGUUCCCUUUUGUGAGAAUGACUUCACUAUGUUUAGGUCUGAAAGAUCUCAAGUGUCAUGGUAGGGGGUGGGGGGAUUUAUUUUCUGAACAAAAAAUGUCUCUGAAGAACUGUGAAUUUAUUAACACAUCCUUAAAGUUGGAAAGUGUUGGAUAUCAGGUUCAGCUACCAUCACUAUAACUCUAUCGGUGAGUGACAUUAUUUAAUACGGCCAUAUUUGUCGGUUGGAACAAAACAACGAUGAAGCUCUUAUAAAACACAUAGGAUUGCUGGGUGAUAUUUUUUCAUGACCAUAGUUUCACCACCCUUUACAUGCUUUUGGAUAUGUCAGUUUUUAUGCCACAUUUUGUAUUCCAGACUAUUUCUUACCGAGAGCUGUGAAUGACGGUCAUGAGUGAGUUUGGUGUGACCUACAUCGUCUGCCUUCUUCAUGCCUGGUUGCUCAAGAGUCUUCCCAGUCAGGGAACUGUUCUUACUUGUCUUACGAAGCUCUUCGGCGGCUGUGAGUCUUCCACCCCAACUACUGAAUGUAUAUAAUAUGCAGGUUUUAAACUAAAACUCAAGAUGUGUCAAUAAAUCUAAAAUAACUUGUGA